CCUCUCAAAAAAAAUUAGAGUCCCAAACCAAAUGGCGUCAUUUUCCUCUCAAAAACCCAACCCUGCUGUUCAUCUUUUCUCUUAAAAAUCCAGCCCCUGCUUCUCGCCUCCUCCGAUUCCUUCAAUUUUUCACUCAAAAAACCCACUAGUAAUGUCGCCGCCUUUGCAAUCAUCUCCAACUCUCCCUUUCCCCCUUUUACCUCAUAGGCAGAGUCGAGGAGGUGAGGAGGCAAUGGAGAUGAUUGCAAAAGGGACAAAGAAGGAGAUGGGGAUGAUUGUUGGAGGAGGUGAGGAGCAGGGGUUAGAUUUUUGAGAGAAAAGAUGAACAGUAGGGUUAGGUUUUUGAGAGGAAAACGAUACCGUUUAGUUGGGACUCCAAUUUUUUUUGGGAGGUGGGACUGACGCCCACUUUCCCCUAUAUAUGUAUAUAUAUAUAUUACACUAAAGGCAUAUAUUUCAGAUUGAUAAUGGUCUAGAAUAACUAUCAAAGGCUUCA